GAGCCUUAUGCCUCUAUCUUAUUGAGCUCUGCGCUACUGGCCUUUGCUCUCUCUCUUUCUAUCUCUCUUAAAAAAGUAUUUUCUUUAAAUUUCUCGCUAACCGUUUUACUUUGCAGCAAACCCUAACCCUAACCCUGAGCCCCCAAACCCCGUCUUCAUUUUACUUUCGCAGAAACCAUGGGUGAAACAAGAGACAACGAUGCUUACGAGGAGGAGCUUCUCGACUACGAAGAAGAAGAUGACAAAGCACCUGACUCCGUCGGAGCUAAAGUUAACGGCGAAGCCGUUAAGAAGGGAUAUGUUGGAAUUCACAGUUCGGGAUUCAGAGACUUCCUUUUGAAGCCAGAGCUUCUUCGGUCCAUUGUUGACUCGGGUUUUGAGCAUCCUUCUGAAGUGCAACAUGAAUGUAUUCCCCAAGCCAUCUUGGGAAUGGAUGUCAUCUGCCAAGCUAAAUCUGGAAUGGGAAAGACUGCUGUUUUUGUUCUGUCUACUCUUCAGCAAAUUGAGCCUACCACUGGACAAGUUAUUGCCCUUGUUCUAUGUCACACUAGAGAGUUGGCUUACCAGAUCUGUCAUGAGUUUGAGAGGUUCAGUACUUACUUGCCCGAUACAAAGGUUGCUGUUUUCUAUGGUGGUGUCAAUGUCAAAACUCACAAAGAUCUACUGAAAAAUGAAUGCCCUCAUGUUGUUGUUGGAACUCCUGGAAGAAUCCUGGCACUGGCUAGAGAUAAAGACCUUUCCUUGAAGAAUGUCAGGCAUUUUAUCCUUGAUGAAUGUGACAAAAUGCUGGAAUCACUCGACAUGAGGAGAGAUGUUCAGGAGAUCUUCAAGAUGACUCCUCAUGAUAAGCAAGUUAUGAUGUUUUCUGCAACACUCAGCAAAGAAAUCCGCCCAGUUUGCAAAAAAUUCAUGCAAGAUCCAAUGGAAAUUUACGUCGAUGAUGAAGCCAAGUUGACCCUCCAUGGUCUUGUACAGCACUACAUCAAACUGACUGAGCUGGAGAAAAAUCGGAAGUUGAACGAUCUUCUUGAUGCAUUGGACUUCAAUCAAGUUGUUAUCUUUGUUAAAAGUGUGAGCAGAGCAGCUGAGUUGAACAAGUUACUUGUGGAGUGUAAUUUCCCCUCUAUUUGCAUCCAUUCUGGCAUGUCACAGGAAGAAAGGUUGAUGCGCUACAAGGGUUUCAAGGAGGGUCAUAAAAGGAUUCUUGUUGCCACUGAUUUGGUUGGCAGGGGUAUUGAUAUUGAACGUGUCAACAUUGUUAUUAACUAUGACAUGCCAGACUCUGCUGACACUUACUUGCACAGGGUUGGUAGAGCUGGUAGGUUUGGCACAAAGGGCCUUGCAAUUACCUUUGUAUCAUCAGCUUCCGACUCUGAUGUUCUCAACCAGGUUCAAGAGAGGUUUGAGGUGGAUAUAAAGGAGCUACCGGAGCAGAUUGAUACAUCUACAUAUAUGCCAUCUUAAACGAGAUUCAAUCAGCAAAUGGUGGAUUCUGAUGGUGGUAGUCCCUUUCUAUCUUAUUUGUUCUGCAUACUGCCUAAUGGUUUGUAUUGGUGAAUCUACUCAAUGGUGUAUGCUACUUUUGAACUACCUGUAGCCUUUGGGACUCUUGGGGCCGUGCUUUUUUGGACGUAGAGUUUGCUAGACUUGCUCAUGAAUUAUUGGUGCUUCAGUAACUACUCGCAGCAUAACUAGUUUAGAUUUGCAGGAGAGCGCCAUGUUAUCAUAUGUAUUAAUGUUUUAGAUAAGCUAAAAUUGAAAUAUUUUUAGUGCUUUUUUGCUUUUUUUAUGUUAGCUUAGCCUUGGUGGCUUUUGAUUGGUAA